AUGUCUUCACGAGCAUUACGAAAAGCACAACGAGAGCGAGAGGAGCAGGAGCAAGUUCGACUCCAGCAGCAAGAGGAAGAGGACGAUGAAGCAGAACAGAGCAUACCACCAAUCUCGGCAAAAGCCAGUGCGUUCGCUAUGCUUGGAGAGGACAAUGACGAUGACGAAGACGAAGAUGGUGGCGCACCAUUAGACUAUGACAAGGACGAUGAUGACAAUGACGAGCCAGCUGCUAAUGAGACAAGUACUAUGUCCGCAAGUAAGAAGAAGAAAAAGAAGAAGCGAAGCAAGAAGAAGGCUACUCAACCAGAGCCUACUACAAAACAAGAUGAAGACCUGGUUGAGAUCGACAAAGCCUUGAGGCAGCUUGCAACGAAUGGCAACCAUGCACAGGCCGCCACGACAGCAGCCGGUGUGGACGAAGUGGUGGACGAGUCAUCGAAACUACUUGCCGUCGAUACCACCCAUCUCCAUGCGCAAAACGAGAUGCGACGGCUUUUUGGUCGUGCAGCACUAGAAGCACAGGACGAUGACGAUGGUCAGGCUCAGCAAGCACAGGGUGCAGGUGGCAACAGGCGACAACAACGGCAAGCACAGCAAAUGGGUCUUGCACAGGCAUUGCGUGGUCAAGGUGGCGCAGGAGGCCGGUCUAGUGGUUUGGCCGCUGUGGCACUCAAGCGGAACAUCUUCAUCCAAGGCAAGGAAGAUUGGCCUGUCGCUACAGGCGGUGGGCUAGGUAUGGAAGUCGAAGAGAAGAGAGCAGAUGGCACAAUAUUGUAUCGCUUUGUGCACAACCGGUCAUACCAGGACGUGCAGGCGCAGUUCGAGACGUGCGUAGAGAGCAUGGAUCCGGAUCGUAUGGUUAUGCUGCUACGGCAUAAUCCCUACCACAUCUCAACCUUAUUGCAGGUCUCGGAAAUUGCGAAACAGCAAGGCGAUCAUUCCACAUCUGGUGACUUGCUUGAGAGAGCGCUCUUCUCCUUCGGUCGAUCGAUCCACUCCACUUUCACGAGGAGUAUAGGAGAAGGCAAAGCACGACUCGACUUCAGGCGCCCGGAAAACAGGGAGUUCUGGCUAGCGUCAUGGCGAUACAUGACCAACCUGUCAAUGCGAGUCUACGAGUGGGCCAAGCUCCUGCUCUCCCUCAGCCCUGAAGAGGAUCCCUACGCCUUAUGGCUCGUCCUUGAUCAAUACGCCCUUCGCUCUCGUCAGGACCUCGAUUACCUCAAUAUUAGCCGCAAUCCAGGUUUCUGCAAACUCUACGGUCAUCUGCCCAACGUCCAGAUCAGCCAAGCCCUAGCAGAAAGCAGAGCAGGCAACAAGUCCAAAGGCAAACAAGCGCUCUUCACAGCAGUUGGUCGCUACCCCUGGAUCUUCUUCAAGCUGAUGCGGGAAGUGAAUCUUGAUCCUCCGCCUGCUGUAUGGGGCAAAGAGCCGUCUUCGGAGAAGGAUGAGCUAUAUACAGAGCUGUAUGCGCUGCGUGCGAAGGAUUUCUGGAACACACCCGAGAUCUCAGCAUUGCUUGUCGAAGUCGCUUCCGCUGUACCAGAUGGCAUUGCACCCGCUGAGUCCAAUACAAAGGAGAUCACGGAAGCAGAGUCGAGACACACUGUCCUCUCCGACGUCCAGUCCGCUAUCCACAUCCUCCCCAACUCCCAUCGAGAUCGAUUAACCACUGUCUUCGACCCCUUACCACCCUUGGACGAUCUUCGUUCAUACGAAACCCCAGGCCUUUCCAGUCGCAAUGCGGGGCCGAACCCCACGGAUAUCGCUUCCAACCUCCACGAAUUCCAGGAUCUGGUCGGAUGGUUCGCGCAACGAUUCCCGUGGAUGUCUGGCCAAGGCGUCGAUGGUGCUGAUGCUGAGCGCCCUUCAGAGGACGAGAUCAGGAGACAGGUCAGGGAGAGUGGCGAGUCAGAGCAGACGCUCGUGCAGAGGACCCAGCGGAUGGGCCAGCUACAGCAACUUUUGCAGAGCGUGGGCCUGGGGAGGAGUGAUCUUGAAGGUGUGGCUGACAGCGAGGAGCAUGAAGAGCAUCAGCAGCGGACUCUGGAGGAUGCUGAUGAGCCAGACACUUGA